AUGGUCUUCCAAGGCAAGAUCACGAUUCCCCUCAGCUGGUGCGAUGCAUCCACCCUCUCCUCCAAACAUCGCACUCUCGGCUACGCCAUCAUCAACGAUCCCAGCGGCGACGACCAUCUCCUAGAACCCCAGCUCCUCCCCUCCAAGCUCUACCACCCUAUCCUCGCCAACCUCAACCUGGGCUUCUACGCCGGCCAAGCCACCACCCGCGACGGCUGUCCCUCCGUCGUCGACUGGAAGACCGCCUCGAAGCUCACGGCCGCCAUCCGCGCCUGGGCGGCUACGCACCACGUCGCCAAGGAGUGUUCGCCGCUCCCCGCGCAGCUCUACGAGUUGAUGAGCACCCUGGACGUUCCCGUGGCGUUCGGCGCCGCCAUCGUGUCGGAUGUGUUGGUCCGCGUGUUGCGCUUCGUCUCCAACCACGUGUCGGUGCCGGCGCUGAAGGAUGUGGGGAGGGACCGCCCGGGUCUGACCAAGACGGUCAAUCUCACCGUCGCGAUGUUGGCGCGGAUGGGGUCCUUUGAUCACCCGGCCUCCAUUCCCACAGCUUCGACGUACAAGUCCGUCGCCAUUGCCAUUCCUCCUCCUCGUUUGGUUACUCCUACUCCUGAGUCUCGCCACACCACCUCCACGACCGCGCUAUACAUGGAAGAGGUGGAGGAGGAGGUGGAGGUGGAGCACCACUCGUGUAGAGCAGAUGAGCGUAAGCGUAGUGAUCUCGAGAACGCGUACACCACGAACGCAAGCAUGAGCCGCUCGUCUUCCUCCGCCUCGCCCUCCACCUCCUCCAAGACUGUUCCAUCCAGCCACGUCCACUCCAACGACGACGUCUCGAAAAAGCAGCCCGACACCCACAUGCACCACCACUCCACCGCCAAACCGACAACACACGCCGCCACCAACACGACUACCGUCAAAUCCAAGCCAUCAUCGACGACCAAGAACAUGCCCAUCAACAGCACGGAGGAGGACGUGCACUCGGUCGUGGCCGCCCUCGUGGCGAAAUACAACCAUGCGCUCCCCACCCUCUACCGCAGCGUCGAGCAACACCAGAAGCACCUGCACCUGCACGCCUCGGCCAUCAACCACGCCGAGCGGAACUUGGAACAUUUGAGCCGGCGGGUGAACGUGGUGGAGGGAACGCGGAGCUUCAGGUCGGACAGUCGGUGGCCGAGUUAA